CCAUGCUAACGUCUGUGGUUGCCCCAACAUACUUCAGGCAGGUGUUUCCACCAGCAUUCCCUUCAAAGAAUAAUCCCACAAUGUGUUCAGCACAAAGACCAAAACAUCUUCAAUGGAAACCAAGGCAUCUUGAUAAAACUAUUGACUCAUUUAGCGGAAAGUUGUCGCAGGGUGGGCUUGUUUUUCAACAAAACUUCUUGAUCAGAUCAUACGAGCUAGACCCUAAUGGCAAAGUCUCAAUAUUGGCCUUAUUGAAUCAUUUACAGGAAUCAUCACUUAAUCACUUGAAGAGUGUGGGGCUAAGUACUGCAGAGAGUUUUGGUUUAACAGCAGAGAUGAUUAGAAGGAACCUGAUAUGGGUCGUAUAUCGGCUGCAGAUUGUGGUCGAACGCCAACCUUCAUGGGCUGAUGUAGUUCAAGUCGAAAGUUGGAUACCAAGACCAGGAAAGCGUGAUUGGCUCGUCCGUGAUUACAAGACAGGCGAAACUAUUCUUAAAGCAACCAGCCUGUUUUUGAUGAUGAAUAAAAAAACAAGGAGAUUAUCUAUAGAAAAAGAAGCAUGGGCAGAGAUAGAGCCUUAUGUUUUGAAUUGUGACCCUAUCAUUAACAAGGAUAAGAGAAAACUUGUGCAAUGGGACCUCCAUAGAGCAGAUCAUGUCCGAACAGGUAUAGCACCUUUAUGGAAUGAUUUGGAUGUCAAUCAGCAUGUGAACCACGUCAAAUACAUCAGCUGGAUUCUUGAGAGUGCUCCUCGCUCGGUGCUGGAGGGUCACAAGCUUUCUUCGAUGACUUUGGAGUAUCGAAAGGAGUGUGGGAGAGAUAGCAUGCUGCAAUCUUUCUCUGCAGUCAACAGAAAAGGUACGAGUCACUCUGCAGAGGAUGAAUGGGUUGAACUUGAUCACUUGCUUCGACUUGAAGAUGGGAGUGAGAUUCUCAGGGGAAGGACUACAUGGAUGCCAAAAUAUAGUAAAGGAUGCUCAGUGUAAGAACUUAUUCUAUUUGUAUUAACUAUCCCAAAUAAAAUGUUUUGUGAUGCCUCUCAUUUAUAGAGAUAUACA